CCUUUGCUUUGCCUUUCCAUUUUGCCAGUUCCUAGUCUCCGAGGACGAAAGCUGUUUUGUUUUCCAAACAGGCCCUAAGAGACUGGAGGGAGCUUAACCCCAACAAGGGUUCGGGAGAGAGAGAGCUGAAAUGGGAAGGGCUACAGAAAUUGCAUCUAUUCUUCUCUUGAUUUCGCUUUCUCUACAAGGAGCACUCCCAAUUUCAUCUCUCUCACACACUACCCAGGACUUUGAAGAAUCUGCAGCUGCGAGAAAUCUCAAACAACAAAAAGAUCAUGCCCAUGAAGUACAUUGUUCAAGAGAAAGAAGUAGGACAGCUUGGAAGAUUAUUGAGGAGUAUUUGAUGCCGUUUGUGGAGCGAGAGCAGUAUCAGAUAUCAAGUUCAUGUAAACUUCAUCCUGACAAUCACUUAUUCAGAGAUCAGGAGCAGCAUAAGAUUCAUGUGGAUAUAAAUGAAUGGCGCUGUGGAUACUGCAAGAAAAGCUUCCGUGCAGAGAAAUUUCUUGAUCAACAUUUUGACAACAGACACCAUGAUCUUCUGAAUGUUAGUCAUAGCAAGUGCUUGGCGGAUUUAUGUGGGGCGUUGCAUUGUGACCUUGUAAUGAAUUCCAAGGCGCCCAAAGCCAAGUGCAAUCCUGCAGCUGCAGUGAGGAACCGUCACCUUUGUGAGUCUCUUGCUGAUAGCUGUUUUCCUGUUAAUCAUGGUCUCUCAGCAAGCCGUCUUCAUGACAUUUUCUUGCGCCAAUUCUGUGAUGCUCAUACUUGCUCAGGAGGAGGAAAACCUUUUUCCAGAGGGGGCAUGAAGCAGCCAAGUAUUUUCUACCUGGCUAUUUCAAUCUUGACUCUGAUGAUGCUUCCUGUGUUCUACAUUAUUGUAUAUCUGUACCAAAGAGAAAUGAGAAAGGGAACCCAAGAGCUGAAGCGCAUCUCACGACAUGGGUUGAAAACAAAGCCGUCUUAGUUGGUCAGGCUAUAGGAAUUGUCAAUCAACAGAUGGGGGAUGCUCAUGGAACAUUCAAUCACAAGGUGAAAUAUUGGAUGUCAUUGGAAGGCUCAACAUAUUUACAUGCCUCAAACAGGCCAAACAGGCAUGAAUUUUUACUGUGUAACCUCUUCACAGAGAUUUGUUGGUUGUACAGAUGUAUAAAAACGAGUUCUGGUGAAUCAAUGCUUGUCGAUUCUCUAUGUUGUUUUGAGUAGCGCUGAAACGAGUUAAAUGGAUAAGUAUGCAUUUAAAAUUGCAGUUUGAAUC